CCUUUCAUUGCUAUCGUUGGCAAUUCCCUUGAUUUAUUCCUUUGAUUCCUGCCAUGGUGUGCCCAACUCAUGGAGAGGUCCGAGGCAUGGCUUGUGCCAGAAGUGGAUUUGCUGUUGUCCGGAAAUCCUGGCAACGAAGAUGCAGUAUACCAGCUCCUUUCCGAGGGCAAUACGCUCACACGGUGGGCACGGCGGCCAGCCGAAGCCACUUGUGUGCUAAACGGCUUGGCCAAGUUAAGGCGUACCAUCUUGGCACUUCAAGUCCUGAAGGUCAUGCAGCGUGCCGGUGUGGAGGUGAAUGUUUUCCACUACUCUUCUGCCGCAUCAGCAUGCGAAAAGUCAGGACAGUGGAUGCUGGCCGUUCAAUUGCUGGCCGACAUGAAGGGCGGGAAUGUCCAGCCGAACGUCUUCACCUUUGGCUCUGCGGUGAGCAGCUGCGGGGUGGCCGCCUGCUGGGUGGAGGCUUUGGCACUUCUCGCUAUGGCGGAGGCGGCAGAUGCUGUGAAUGCCUUUGCCUUCAGCGGUGCCAUUGCUGCAUGCAAGAACAGUGGGGAGUGGGAAGCUUGUCUUGGCCUCCUCCAAACCAUGGCGGACAUGAAGGUGCAAAGAGAUGCCGUUUGCAUCAGCAGUGCCAUCAGCGCUUGCGAGAAGCGUGCAAGGUGGCAAGCAGCCAUACACUUGCUGCAGUCAAUGCAGGAGGGUUGGACGAGGCCAAAUCUGGUGGCUGAAAAUGCUGCCCUGAGCGCAUGUGAGAAAGCCAGGCGCUGGCAGCAUGCUUUUGCACUGUUCAGGGAGCUGCCACGGAAGCGCCUCAAAGCCGACAAGAUCAGCUACAACGCGAUGAUCAGCGCCUGUGCCAACUCUGGACACUGGGAGCUAGCUUUAAUGCUGUUGGAGGAGUUGUUGAGGAUGAAACAGCCAGACGCUGUGAGCUACAGCGGGGUGAUUUUGGCCUGUGAGCGAGGGAGCAGAUGGCAUUUGGCAAUGGAGCUCCUCCACCUUAUGAGAGCUGCAGAAAUUCUGAUGGAUGUCAUCAGCUGCGGCAGUGUCAUGAGUGCCCUUGAGCAAGGAGGUGAAUGGCGCUCUACCAUUGCGUUGCUAGCGCAGAUGCCAAGUCGGAUCCUAACACCGAACCCCGUCACCAUCAGUAGUGCAAUCAGUGCAUGUGAUGGAGGAAGUCAGUGGCGUGCAGCCUUGCGACUUUUUCAUGCUACACCUGGGCAAGCAGAUGCCUUCUGCUGCAAUGCGGCCAUGAUGGCUUGCGAGAAGGUCAGCCAGUGGGAGUCAGCUUUGCUGAUGUUCCACUUGAUGCCAUGCUACACAGUGCAGCCAGAUGCUCCGCGGCAAGUGCAAGGGCAAAAGCCAAGCAAUUGAAUGUGCAUGUUGUGUCUCCCUGUUGCAUGCAAGACUUGCAUGUUCCUGCUGACGUUGUCAGCUGCCAGCGGCUUUCACCUCGCUCUUUAGGACUUCAUUAGCUACACCUCUGCCAUGGUUUGCGCUGAUGCGGGUUGCAAAUGGACUCACUUUGCGGCGCACUGCGACCAUGAGUCUUUCCUGUUGAUGAACUUUUUCCAUGCUCAGAGCCGAAAAGGCCAAGGGCAGCAAGGCUCGUCAAAAAAGCUCCGGCUGGACAGCGAUCUCACGGCUCCUCCAACCGCGGGGCUUAACCUCAGAACCACAAUGUGCCAUUCAACUGCAUCAUGGUCGAAUUGUUGGGACGAGCUUGGAAUGAAGUAAUCUUUGGAAUCUUGAGAAAUGCAAUCCAUCCGUGGACUUCAAGGUGCAAGCGCAUGGCUUGCACGCCGUGCAGACUGACCACGUGGAGUUCCACCAGAAGGAGACAGCAAAGUUGACGCUCCGGAUUCGACUCAAACAGA